CUUGUCUCCGCCUACAGAGCCAAUAAAUCAAACGCAGAAGUCUCGAUCCACUCCGAGAUGGUGUCUGUCACAGACUAGAAAACAUCGAAUCAUGGAUGAGGAGCAAAGCAACGGUGAUGUGCAGGUCCCCGCUUCGGACAGUCCGGAAUACAAACUCCUGAUUGCGUACACGCGCAAGAGAAGACCCACAGACGCGCGGCUGCAGAAGAACAGAACCGAGAGCAAGACUUGUUCACCUGAAGCACCCGAAGACCACAUUCAACUACAAAAAAGGAAGAAAAAAGGGAAAUUUCCUGUAUUCCUGAAGUGUUUUAAACCCAGUAGAAAUGAAGAUGAUUGUUACCUCCGACAGCCAGCAGCAAUUGAAGAUGAAACGGUGGACGAUGUGGAGGAGAUGGCCAGUAAACUGACGGAUAUAUCAAACUCUGUGCACUUCACUCCAUGUGAAUUAGAAGAUGAUUGUGGUAAAGACGAUAUCGUGCAAAGAAUUGUGGAGCUGCUACGAGAACAUGGUGACAAACUGGAUGAAAAGAUGAAGGCAGACAAGGAAUUCAGUCAAGCGCUGCAAUCCUCUAUGACCUAUAGCUUCUUUGAGAAAGUGAUGGACACAUUCUUUAGAAGAGUUACCCCAGAGGAGCUGCCGCCACAGGAGGAAAAAGAGGAUACCGAAGUGGCUCUGAUUUGUGAAGCCACAAAUCAGCUCUUUGGUGUUGAUCACCACCCAAUGAACCGGGUGCUGGGCUUUGGUGCCAAGUACCUACAGCACAAAUUCCCCACCUGGAUUAACAGAAAUACUGGCAAUGUAGACGACGUUGAUGAAUCUGAUGAGGAAGUCCAAUAAGCCAAAAACCAAAGAGACAUUCUCCUCACACUUCAGCUGACUUCCUCAAGGGCAUAGUCCCUUUAUUCAUAUGAAAUUGCAUUUUAAUUCAAAGUUUCUUCAGGGAUCUUGCAUGCACUACUUUGUUAGAGCCAGUUGUGCAAAGGUGCUUGAAAUUGUUCCUGGCAGGCAGCAGAUGCCCUAAACCCACGCCCAUCCUCAAUCCUAACCAUAGGCUCAGUAGCCUGCCAGGAACAGCUCGAGGAACCUUCCUGCCAUUGAGGUUCUUGGAACAUCUGAGAUAAAAAAAAAAAAAUAAAAAAAAAAAGAGGAAAUGGUUUAUAGAUCUAAAUAUAAACAAGUAGCAAAUGGAAUUAAACCAAAUGUAGCCUACUGUUUAGCUUGAAACUCAGGUUUAUUUAUGUCUUAAUUGUAUAUCAAAUAAAAAUAUAAUAAAAUAUUUUUGUAAUUUUAUGAUUUUGGGGGGUGGAAUGUUCCUUAGGCAUAUGUUCCUUACUGGGAAUAUAUCUUGAUUAGGUUAAAUUAUUAUUAUUUUUUUAAUGCACAUAUUCCAGAAUAUAUUUAUUUUCUUAAUUAAGCAUAUAGAAGUUGAUUUAUAAUAUAUAUAUAAUAUAUUUAAAAAACAAUUUUGCAUUAUGCAUUUUAAAACAAUAUGAAAAAUAUUCUGUGUAAGUGCCUAUAUGACAUAUUUGGUUUUCA